AUGUCUCUCCAAAUUAUCAUCACCUUGGCCGCUCUCUUCAACCUAGCCGCUAGUCAAGGUGCCGCUCCUGCUGCCCCCGCCGCCUCCGCUGCCCCUGCCGGAGAUGGAACUCCUUUGACUGUCAACACCCCUCUCUCUGUCCAAGCUUGUCUUCCUGUUGCCAUUUCGUGGACUGGUGGUACUCCGCCUGUCUAUGUCAGCAUUAUCAAAGGUGGUGAGCCCACUAGUGCCGCUCUGAAAGAUUUUGGCCAACACUCCGAUAACAGCCUCACUUGGGAUGUCGACCAACCCGCUGGUACCUCGUUGACCGUUCAAAUCCGAGACAGCAAAGGCCAAUUGAACUACUCGGACAAAUUUUCCGUUCAAUCCAGCACCCAGACUUGCAAGACCGCCGCCCCCACCAGCGGCGGCUCUAGCGACAAAUCUGCACCUUCUCCCAGUGGUUCAAACAGCUCUGCCAAGCCAGCCACCGGUGCAACCACCCCUACUCCUUCCACCGGUUCUACGACCACCCCUUCAUCCGGUGCAGGUAGCUCCACUAACACUGCUACUACGACGCCCGGUACACCAGCAGGCCAGGCCCCCAAGAGCGACGCGUCUCGAGCAAUCCCCGGAUUUCUCAUGCUUGCCACCGCUGGUGCCCUCGCUGUCUUUGCUUAA